UCUACUCGGAGAGUAUCUCUGGUAUGUUGGACAUAGUGGAAAAGGAAUACACUACCCAAAAUUUCAAAAGAAAUACCAUUAAAUGGUAUACAGAUGGUUCUACAACCACGACAGGAGCCGGCGCUGGAAUAUACGGGUCGAGCACCAAGUGUACAAUAGCAUUAGGCUCCCACUCGAGUGCUUUUCAGGCGGAAAUAAUCACAAUCGAAAAAUGCGUGGACAUAAACCUGGAAAGAAACUAUCAGGGGUGUGACAUAGUGAUACACUCUGAUAGUCAAGCCGCUAUCGAAGCAUUGAACUCCUAUGUCACUGACUCAAAAUUGAUAUGGGAGUGCCGAAGUAAACUAAAUGAGGUAGGCAAGAAAAACAAGGUCUCUUUAGUCUGGGUUCCUGGUCAUUCGGGAAUCAAAGGAAACGAAGAGGCUGACACACUAGCCAGAAAAGGAGCACAAACGCCACUUACUGGCCCAGAGCCUUUCUGUGGUGUAUGCAAAAACAUCUAUAAGAAAGAAUUCUUGGAAAAGGAAGAAAACAAAAGAGAAUUACUCUGACGGACUCUUCCAGGAAUGGAUCAUUCCAAA